AUGUCAUACUACAAACCUUUUUACCAAAGUGCCUAUGACCGCACAGCUCCAGUUUAUCCACCAAGUUAAUAUGGUCCUUCAUACUACGGUCCUUACGAUCGUCCAUACUCAUAUCAAUCAAGAGCUCCAAUGAGAGGUGAGUAAUGGUCAGAAUAUAUUCCUGUGGAGCAGAGAUACACUGAUUAUGUACCAGAGACAAAGAUUGAAUAUAGACCUGUAGAGAAACAAUACACAGAUUAUAUUGAAGUAAAGCAUGAGACAGAUUAUGUACCAGUUCCAAGAUUGGAAAAAAGAGUGGAAUAUAUUCCAGUUGACCGAUACGAUGAGCAUGUGGAUUAUGUGCCAGUUUAGAAUAGCCAUGUUGUGAAAGGACCUUAAAGUAGAGUUGGUUAUGGAAGUUAAUCAUAAUAUUUACCACCACCACCACCUGCUCCUACAUCAUAUUCAAAUUAUAGAUACAGUCCAAGUAGAGUGAGUGGAUAUCGUCCAGGAGCAACGGGCUACGGCUACAGAUACCUUUGAUUAAUAUAUUAAUUUAGUAAUCCGUUUUCGUUAAUUUUUUAAUAA